AUGCUUUCCAAGACAAUUCUGACCAUCGCUGCUGCCCUGGCCGUCCUGGCCCAGACUGCCCAGGCCUCGCAGGCCCCUAUCCCCGGCUACGGAGUCGUCGACAUCCAGUUCGACCUGCCCAUCUACCCCGGCAACGCCACCAGCGAGACUGUGCCCAUCAUCGGUACCAUUGAGCAUGCCGUUGCCCACAUGGAAGCUUUAUACCCCGGUUGGAACCAGUCUUUGUUCAAGCUGCCCAGUCAGCGUCACUUUGUCUAUGAUGACUCCGACCGCAACAUCAUCCCCGAGAGUUUCAACUGCUGGGGCAAAUGGAAGGGUUGCUCAUGGUCAGCCAUUGCGAGAGGAAUCGACUACCUCUGGCAACUUCCCAUUUACCCUAUGCCUACCAACGGCCCUGGACCUGGCAACUGUGGCAGAGUCAGCUGCAGUUACGACUCCGCCAUCUGGUGGUGCAAUGAUAACGACUUUUCAAAGACCGUGAGAUGGAUCAACAUCUCCGCGGGGGCCGAAUACAUGAACGGGGCCUUUGGGAGCUUCUGGGGCAACAAGGGGAAGUGUGUUGACUCAGAUGAUGGCGCCUGGCAGAGCGCGGGUCAGGCGUUCUACCCUGGGAAUUUCAACGUCAUCCUCAACGCUGACAAGUGCUGA